AUGGAGCUUGCAGUGUUUCAUGGUGCCGAUGUCAACACGGUGUCCAAGGAGAUUUUCGAAAAAUAUACCCAGAGACGCGAGAUGAAACAAAUAGAACAAGAAGCAACAAGCAACAGCCUUACACGUCUCUUUGAGCUGAGCGAGGCGCAUAAUUACGUUACAAUGCCAAAGUGCCCUUUUUGUAUACAGAAAAUGCUACCAAACCAAUACUCACUCGAGUCCAGAGACACGCCAAGGAGGUCGUGUGGACGCAGAACCACUGAGGUCGACUGGCGCCUGAUCCAUGUGCAGGACAGUUACCACGAUCACCAGGCAAAGGCGAUGCUUACGAAGAUGGCUAAGCAGAUAGCCGCUGAGGCAGCACUCCCGGAGGAUAAGAUUACCAACCUUAUUAUUAACCUCGACUAUAUUAGAAAGGCUCUUUCGGAGAUAGUUCUUAAGGCUGAUAAUAAUAUACUGUGCGAUCUGUAUACCGAUCUGUUUGAAUUUACCGAUAAUAAACAGAAGAACUUCCUGGACAGACUGAGAGCUGCUAUAGCAGACUCUAAGGAUAAGGCAGACAUUGACCCAAAGUACAGCGAUGCAGUCAAGAAAAUGAACACCGCUCUGAACAACACUGAUGUCGAUGUAUCCCCGGAUCUUACGGUGCCCGAUGAUCUUGCCGAGGACGAGGAUGGUGUUACCAUCCAGGCCACCAUCCAAGACUCUGAUGAUAACGAGUCAGAUGUCGAGUUUAACGAUGGUGAACAGCAAGACCGAGAGGCAUUCGAGGAGGCCCGUAUUGAGGCUGAGGCACAGGCAGAGGACGCCAAGAGAAUCGAAGUGGCCGGGGGGGUCUCGGAUUGUCAUGGGCCGAAAGGAGAUCGCACUGUGACCGAGCGGCAACUCCGUAAAAAGCGAUGUCAGAGAACGCGCGGCGGACAGUACCGGCAGUGCAACAGACUCGAAGUAGCAGACAAGAGACGAGAUGGGGAGUAA